GGCACCACUGUUAAUCCGAUAUCCAUUCUUUUUAUUCUUUGAAUUGUAUCUUAGGCCACUUUCAGCAGGCUCUGAACAAAGGCGACACCUAAUACCGGGCCCCUACGUCGCCGUCGACCAACACCUUCGCUCCCCUCCGAAGCCAUGUCUGGCUACUCAAGUCUAACGGGUCGAGAGCGAUCAAGAUGGCCGCCACUCACCCGAAUGUUGAUGUCGGGCGAGAUGUCCGACGAAAAACCGCGACAACUGUAUCUGAAAGAAAAGAUCGAUAGGUGGAUGGUGAACGAGGGAUAUCGGCGAUUAUUCGUCUUCGUAUUCUUGAUUCUACACAUCAUGGUCUUCGUUUUUGGCAUGAUGCACUACGGAUUUAAGGAUAAUUCGAAUAACGCUCGACGCGAUUUCGGUCUCACGUUUCCCAUUGCUCGUUCAGCGGCCUUAACGCUCCACGUUGACGUAGCUCUCAUCCUGUUUCCCGUUUGCAGAAACUUGAUCUCCAUGGUCCGCCGAACGCCCUUGAAUGGUAUCAUUCCUUUCGACAAGAACAUCACAUUUCACAAGCUGGUCGGAUGGUCGAUUUUCUUCUUCUCUUGGGUUCACACAAUCGCUCACUGGAACAAUCUUGCUCGAUUUUCCGCAAAGAACAAGCUUGGUUUCAAGGGAUUUAUUGCUGCCAACCUAUUGACCGGACCGGGAUGGACUGGCUACAUCAUGUUGGUCGCUUUGACCGCAAUGGUGCUUACUGCGAUGGAAGCCCCUCGACGUGCUCAAUUCGAGCGAUUCUGGUACACUCACCACCUAUUUAUCAUCUUCUUCGUUUUCUGGUCCAUCCACGGAGCAUUCUGCAUGAUCAAACCCGACUUCGAACCCUUCUGUGCUGGUAUUGGUGUUUUCUGGGAGUACUGGAUGUAUGGUGGAUUCGCUUAUCUGGCUGAACGCAUCUCUCGUGAGGUUCGAGGAAGGCACAAGACUUUCAUCUCCAAGGUUAUCCAGCAUCCCAGCAAUGUCGUCGAAGUCCAAAUCAAGAAAGAGCACACCAAGACACAGGCCGGCCAGUACAUUUUCCUCUGCUGCCCCGAAGUUUCCGUCUGGCAAUACCAUCCAUUUACGCUUACAAGUGCACCCGAGGAAGACUACAUCUCAGUCCAUAUCCGUAUGGUCGGUAAUUUCACCAAGGCAUUUGGCAAGGCUCUCGGUUGCAGCCUUGAUAGAAAAGCUGGAGGCGAGAAGGGCAAGGGCGAUGAUGGCAACGACGUCGCAUUACGCAAGAUUCUACCCCGUGUCUACAUAGAUGGACCCUUUGGAUCUGCCUCUGAGGAUGUUUUCAAGUUCGAAAUUGCAGUCCUAGUCGGUGCUGGUAUCGGUGUGACUCCCUUCGCAUCCAUUCUCAAGAGUAUCUGGUACCGGAUGAACUACCCGCAAGGAAAGACAAGACUUCGAAAGGUCUAUUUCUUCUGGAUCUGCCGAGACUUCGGAUCGUUUGAGUGGUUCAGGUCGUUAUUGUUGGCCAUUGAAGCGCAGGAUUUGGACGACCACAUCGAAAUCCACACCUAUCUCACGGCAAAGAUCAAAGCAGACGACGCGACCAACAUCAUGAUCAACGAUGCCAACGCAGAACAAGAUGCCAUUACAGGACUCCGCGCACCAACAAAUUUCGGCCGUCCCAACUGGGACAUGAUUUUCAAGUCCAUCAGGAAGAUUCACUCACCCGCCGAAGCAGGAGUCUUCUUCUGUGGUCCCAAAGGUCUCGGUUCCACAUUGCACGUAAAGUGUAAUAUGUACUCUGAACCUGGCUUCAACUUCGUGUGGGGCAAGGAAAAUUUCUAGACGCCGCUAAUGAUAUCCAAGAAGAGAGAAAGUGCAUCAGCUGUAUUGUUUUCUGGGUUAAUUGAGGUAACCCCUUUAGCGCAUUUGCAUCUUAACAAACCCAUUUUUCCAUAACAACUUUCGAGCCUCAAUUCGGUAUAUAGUCUUAUCCUCUACUACCCU